GGAAGGCUGUGGGGUGGGUGUAGCAUCUGCCCAGGAUUCGGGUAAGCUUAGGCCCUGUUGAUGAGUCUGAAGGAGGUCAAGGGGUGUGCGUCAUGCAUUUUGCUGAAAAAAUGUAUUCAGGGAUCAGACCCUCAGAUGGGCAGAGGAAAGGAAGGGCUCUUAUGAGACACUUGUGUAGACCAGGAACUGGGGUGGGUGUCCUCCAUUGUGACCAUACUACAGAGGAGCCUGCUUCUGUGUUCCCAGUUCCUCCCCUGCAGGGUGGGACUGGAGGAAGCUGCUCCCAGGAGGGAUUGCUGUUGUUGGGGUUUAGGGUGCUGCCCUUGACAGCUUCCACUCAUCUUGGCUUCCUUGAAAACCACUUUGAUGUCACAAUUGUCUGUUCUGAUGCCCAGGAUUGCAGUCUCAUGAACAGUAACAGCCUAGCUAAACUUGGGCUCUCUUGUGUGAAUUUAAACCCAAAUGUCUCACUGAGUGUGCUCUGCUGAGCGGGUAUGGGUGCCUGCAUUUAACGCCAUACUGCUGUACAGGGACCUUAGAACAGUGUUUAUUUUUUUAAAAAAAAUUUUUUUAAACUACUCAACAACAUUGUCAGGUGUGGAAUUGCAUCUUUAGUGUAUGGAUUAAUAGCUGUGCUGUCUCAGGUAAAUCCCACUGAAAAAACCUUAAGCCACCAUCAGCAGCAUAGCCAAUGUGCAGCCCAAGGAUUGCCUUGUUUCCCAGAGUGCCCUCUGGGUAUGGAAGGAAAGAGGAGUCCUGAGAACAGUUGUCUCACAACCUCCCUGGCCUCUGUCCUUUGGGUUGUGGCUGGGUUAUAUGUUGGUGCUCCAUGAAGCCAUCUAUUUCCAUCCUGGAUUUCCUUGUUGAUGGCCAUCCAGAAGGCCCACCCUACCAACCAGUUGGCUUCUCAGCAUCUCUGGCCUUUUGCUCUGCUCUGCAAGUCUCUGACCUUUAGCAGUCUGCUGAGCAGACUGGGCAGCGUUUGUGGGGCAAACCCAGGAAGCUGUUCCUUUUGGCUGACUCCUUCCUUCCUGGCUCCUUGCCCUGUGGCUACUCAUGAUCACAGCACUUCACCUGUUCACCAAGUUCUCGAAGCAAUAAAAUGUAUCCCAUGCCUGAAGCUGUUCCCAGGUCAUGGGGUGCUGGGAGUGGAAUAAUGCCAUAAUUCAACAUGAAGGCAGCAGUGCCUUUAACAUUGGUGCUGGUCCUCUGUGAGGGUGGCUCCGUGAGUCUGGGUAGGGUAAUAACUGUUCUGUUGUGGCUUUAUCACCUACACAGGAGCACUGGUAGGUGCAGCAGCAAGGGAUGCCCCUCUUCUACUGGGCAGUAGUCUGAGAACCUAUGUGUGUUACAUUUUCACCUUAUUUCACUGUGAACUCAAAUGCACAUUAAACUCUCAAACCCACACUGAUAAGGUUUGCCUUCCUCUAUAUACUUUGAGUAACACCUGUCUAGCUAUGGAUGGGGGCAAGGCAGGCCAGGAUCCCAGUUCCAAAAUCUUACACAGUGGACAUGACCAUUGCAGCCCCACCCUUCUUCUGAGGAACAAACAGGUCCUGAAGAAACAGGAAGUGUGUAGCGUAAAACUAGAAUAGAAUAGCUUCUGGGUAAAAUAUGUGGAUAUGUGUGCAGCUGAGCUACCAUGUAGCUAGACAGACCAGGGACCAGAGCAAUCAGCUUGGUUAGGAAAAAACAUGCUAGGGAACAGGCUGGCUUAGCCAUCCUUGAUAUACAGUAACCAUUUGUCCAGUGCAGCCUGGAGCCCACUGUGUGCACAUGGGAAUAUCCACAACCCCAUCUGGUGUUAAUGGGAUCUGGAAAGAGGCUUGGGAGUUUACAGGUAAAGAAAGGAAGCAAUUAGCCUCAUACUGAUGGUUCAUUGAACAUUUAUUGAUGGUCUGUGUCUAGCUCAGGAGUCCAGAGGUAACGGAUUCCAAGAAAAUUAACUGCCAAAACAGACAAAAUCGUCCUGGCCAAGAUUUAGCCCAUUCUGACUUCCUACCAAGGCCCUGCUUUCACUCGCUCCCAGAACCACGAUCUGCACAGGCCAGGUGUCCAGAGACAUGCCUGAUGACCAGCAGUGGGGGAGAGGGCUGUCCUGGCUCUGACCCGGGAUAUCAGAUACUGGCUGGGAAGGAAGCAGUGGGAUUGGGAGGGGAGGGUACAGUUUGACUCAUCAAAGGCAUCCUGAGGUUUCCCUGGCUGACUCCUCCAAGGGGCUGUAGACAAUCAGUGCAUUGUCAGCAGGGGCUGCAGCAUGGAGCAAGGGCACAUCCACACUGAGAGCCUCAGGUCCAGGCCUGUUGAGGUGAAGACCAAACCCUGCCAUAGGGGUUGGAGAACAGCGGGCCUGCUGCUGUUGCUGACACUGGUCACUGCAGGGGCCAUGGCAGGAGGGCUUCUUGGCUUCACGAACAGCCCUCCCAAGCCUUUGCUGCAGAUGCUCCGAAAGACCUCAAGCUCCAGGGUACCCUGGCCCAACCAAACCACUCUAGUGGACGUGGCCCAGAACAUGGCAACAAUCGUGGUGACUCCGCUUCAGAGCAAUCACAGCUGGGCUGUGCUGUUCGACGGGCAAAGUGGCUACAUCUGUUACCGCCCUGCAGAGCACCAGGCCUGCUUCCUCCGGCUGAUGGAAGCCCAAGAUCGGGAGACCCUAAGGCUGCUGGUGAACACUUCCAGGGCCCAGGAGUCCCAUGUACCUGGCCAAGAGACCCACUAUGCGCAGGAGCUGCUGGCAGUUUUGGGGGGCCAUACUGUGGACCCUGCCCAAGUGGGAGCUUCGGUGCAACACCUUUGCGUGGACACUCCUAUCUACUGGGCCCAACGCGCAGAGGGGUCCCAGAGACAGCGGCUGAUCUACCUCUGCAUUGACAUCUGCUUCCCGAGCAACAUCUGUGUGUCUGUCUGCUUUUAUUACCUUCCAGACUAAGCCCCCUACCGAGCCCUCCCAGCUUUUGGUCCCCACAGGUCAGCUAGCUGGUCAGGUCACCACCACCAGUGAACGGAAGCUGACAGUAGGGACAAAUAAACCCAGAUUACCUGG